UUUCUUGUUAGCAGUUCUGAUGAGGAUAAAGGCAUCGAGGGCCAGGGUCCUGCUCGUUGCUCCAGACGGGCCCCACCAGCCGUGGAUGUCCAAUCUGAUGGAGUUGCUUGUGGGGUCAUUAUUGCGUCUCUCAGUCAGAGCAGACAGGCUGAGGGUCUGCUCUGGCACCCAAAUCCAGGGAUCUACAGCCUGCAUCUCUGCAUUCAGAGAUGCCCUUCUGCACGCCACUGUUGUAAAAAGCUGUUAUUUGAGCAUUCAUGGCUUUUCUGCUGACUUGAAUAAGUCUGCCCGUUCUCCUCUUAUCUGUCUCAGUAACAAGGUGUUUUUGCCCACAGAACUGUCACUCACUGAAUGUUUUUCGUUUAUUACACAAAUCUCUGUAAACUGUAGAGACUGUACUGCAUGAAAAUCCUAGGAGGGCAGUUGUUUCUGAGAUGCUGGAACCACCACGUCUAGCACCAACAGUCAUCACGGUCAAAGUCUGCGUAUUUUAUAUAUUGAGUUGCAGCCACUUUGGAGGAGCAGGCUGUUUGUGAUAAUGAGCAGGUGUACAUAAUGAAAUGGCCACUGAGUGUAUAGGGUUUAUUGAAAACCAUGUCAUUGGGCAUUACAGUUCCAAUAAGAGGAAGCCUUUUUUUCCUUCUGAGUGAUUUUUCCGCUCUAUCAUGCUGGAAUUUGUUUUUGUAUUCCUCAUAAUAUAUUCUCUGUGAACAGGCAUUCAUUAUGGCCCACACUGGGGGUAGGGUGGGGUUUCUUGCUGUUUGUUUGUUUUUUUACAUGAGGAACGUGGAGAGUAGAGGAGCCCUGUAGGCAACGCUCCUUUUUUAAAAAGAAUAUACUCUAAAUAAAUGAGAAGCAUACAUUUAAUUUAAUCAUACAUCUUACAACAAAACCAUUUUGAAGACAAGUGUUGUAGUGCUCCUUUACUGUAAAUGCGCUCUUUAUUUAUCCAUUUUUAUUUGAGCACUGUGUCAUGCACCACUUGAAAAAAAACCCUUCUGCUUUCCGAGGCUGCAUGUCUUCUGCCGUGAAUCUUUAUUUCCUUUCUUACAGAAUGUUAUCGCUCUGGCCUUUCAUACCAUCAUUGCAUCUCAGCUCCACCAGGGAACAUGACAGAUGCCCAGCAUCACAUCCAUAAAUUAUUCAAAAGUUAGUGGUAGGGGACCUAACUUCCACAAGGAUGUCUGGGGUUUCCUUGACCCACAGAAUCAAAUAGACAACAGCUAUUCAAGCACAAGUUCCACCUGUAUCCACAGGAAUCAAACACUUCAACUGAUAAUUCCAAGACACUCUCUACAAAGCUGGGAGAUGGCAGUGAAUGUGUACUCCACCUCUGUGACCAUUGAUAACCUGAGUCGACAUGACAUGCUGGCGUGGGUCAACGACUCCCUGCAGCUCACCUACACCAAGGUGGAGCAGCUGUGUUCAGGAGCAGCAUACUGCCAGUUCAUGGACAUGCUUUUCCCCGGCUGUGUCCUUCUGAAGAAAGUCAAAUUCCAGGCCAGGCUGGAACAUGAGUACAUACACAACUUCAAAGUGCUGCAAGCCGCCUUCAAGAAAAUGAGCGUCGAUAAAAUAAUCCCGGUUGAAAAACUGGUGAAGGGAAAAUUCCAGGACAACUUCGAGUUUGUUCAGUGGUUCAAAAAGUUAUUCGAUGCCAAUUAUGAUGGGAAGGAGUAUGAUCCACUGCAAGCAAGGCAGGGCCAGGACAUGGCACCAAACCCCAAUCAAUUGCCACAGAGGACAUCACCAACAGUACCCAAGAAUAUGCCCACCCCGCAGCGGGCCCUCAACUCCACCCCCUCCACGGGCAUAAGGAAGAAUCCCUCUAUGGCCAGAAAUGGGGGCAGCGAUGCUGAAAUCAUGGAACUAAAUCAACAGCUAAUGGAGCUUAAGCUGACUGUGGAUGGCCUGGAGAAGGAGAGAGACUUCUACUUCAGUAAGCUACGGGACAUCGAGCUCAUCUGCCAGGAGCAUGAGAGUGAAAACAAUCCCAUCAUCGGCAAGAUUAUCGACAUCCUGUAUGCCACAGAGGAUGGCUUUGCUCCACCAGAGGACGAGGACAUUGAUGAGCAGCCGCCCUUCGACCAGGACGAAUACUGAACUGCACUUCUUUCUCUACUCUGCCAUCCCUCCUCCGGUUUCCUCAGACUUUCUCUUGUCAUGACCUCUGCACGCUCUCUCUCUCCCUUCCUCCUUCACCCUCUCUCUCCCCUGGCCAUCUACAUGCACCACAUUUAAAUUUCCUGAAUUAAGCGGUCAUUUAACCCCUGCCCCUCCUUAUCUAGCCAGUGACAGUCUAGCAAGACUUUUUCCUAAAUUUGUGACACGUUUUAGCAUGGCGUAGAAAAUGAGGAAUGAACAAAUAAAGUUAAUGUAUUGUAUGUCAGGGUAAGGCAGCAGGCUGACCUUUUAGUAUUCUGAUAAAAAGAGAUUUAAGGAACCUGCCAACACCCUUCCCCAAAAAAAGGAGGUAUUUACUCAUCCGGACCAUUCCUGGUAACACUUUACUUGAAUUACAUGCCAUAAACCUGUCAUAAAGAUGGUAUAAAACCUGUCAUAACCAGCCAUGACAGUAUCUUUCUAUUAAUGAAAUGGCAUAACACUGUCAUAAUGUUUACCAUGAAUUUUACCAAUAAAAAAAUCAAAAUAACAAAUUCAAAAUGAUCCCUGCAGAUAAUGAAACAAUGUCAUGACAUUUGUCGGAAGCUAUAAUAUGCUUUUAUGACUGGUUAUGACAGGUGUAUGGUAGCAUUAGGUAGACCUUUUGGAGUAUUGUCCAAGUAAAGUAUUACCUGCUUUCUCACCUCUAUUUUCAAAGUGUUAAAAAUGUAUUGACUGGGGUUCAUAAUGAUACCACACAUGGCAGUGAGGGGCGGCAGUGUGGCAUAUUGGUUGGGUAGCAGGUUCUAUCCUGGGUUAUUCACUGCUGUUGUAUCCUUGAGCAAGGUACUUAACCUAAAACUGCUUCAGUAACUAUCCAGCUGUACAAAUGGAUAAUUUGUAAAAUGUAGCCUAUGUAAAUCUAGCUGGGUAAGGGAUAAGCGAAUAACCAAUGCAACAAAACCAACUACCCCUGUCUCUGUAUCACGUCAGCUGCUCCCAUUUGAUUACUUGGAAAUGUAUUAUAUACAACAAAACACAAAAUGGAAAAGCUAGAAAACAGCAUAUUUAAUAUGUAAAUAUUUUUCUUAAUGACUUUACUUGUACUUUGUGUAUUGUUUCAAGGUUGUCAGUUUAAAAAAUGACUGACUUGAAAAUUAUGACGGUCAGUUUUCUUUCAAGUUAUUUAAAACUACUUAUUUGUGUCUGACAGAGCAUGAAGCUUUAUUUUCUCAUUUGUUAUUAACUUUAUUUGCACUGGGGAGGGAUAGUACCCUGUCUGAAGAAAAAGGGAAAAGAAACAAAACUGGAGAUUAUUAUUAUUCUUAUUAUUAUUAUUAUUAUUAUUAUUAUUAUUAUUAUUAUUAUUAUUAUUAUUCAUAAGGCAAAUGAAUUAUUUUGAAUGCUCACCAUUCACCUUUUCUCCAUAUCUCCAGUGAGCAUGUCAGUGUCAUAUUUCUGUUUUUAAUAACUAUUUUUAUGUGGGGAUUUGGUCCAAACUUAGUCAAAGCUUUGAGGAAUGUGAACUGCAGAGACGUGACAGGUGUUCUGUACAGAUGCUUAAUAUUCUUCAGCUAUCAUGCCUCAGUGUACUGUGAAAUACCUUCAAAAUGACUAAGGGCUCUAUUUUCUGGCGAGUGCAUGGCGCGUUGCAAGCGAUCAUACUGGAAAAAUAAUUUUGUCAUGGAUUUCGACUUGCCAAUCAAUGGUUUUUGUGGAUUAUAUGCUGUCCAAUUUGAUGUUGAGACAAAUCCCAGAAGCAGGAAAAAUGCAUACUUUUGCAUUUAUUGUCUUUUUAUUAUUUUAUGGAUUCUUAUACUGCAUUGUGGUUCCUGGGGUACUAUAUUUCCUUCUUUUUAUUACACCCAUCUGUAAUGACAAGAAUGAAAAUAAACAUAACUUGAAUAAUCUUUUCAUUUUAAUUGACUGUAGUCAAAAUGAUAGCUACAGUACUGGCACAAAUUAUGGAUAGACUGCAUUCAUAAAAAGUUUGACGAUUCAUGCAGUAUUUUGCAACAAUCUAUGUUUGGCAUAAUAAAUCUAAUGUGUAAGAAACGUAAUAUCAACAUAAAGCAAAAAGCAUCUGAGUUAGAAUAAUAAUCAUUACAAAUUCCUAUAUGUAUUAUUUCAUACCAACAUAGUUGAGCAAUGCAUUACUGGUGGAAAUUUAAUAAUCAGCUGGAACACACGUUGCUUUGUCCAGUAUUUUUUCUGACAUAAAAUGAUAAUAUACAUGCAAAGAAAAAAAAAUUUUUUUGGCUUGUAUACUUUAUUUCAAAUGACUGAUAAUCAUAGAAUGUCAUUACCAUGAUCAAGGAGAUAUUUCAAAUAUUUUUACUGAAUUACUUAAAAUUAAUGUGAUCAAAAGCUGUGAGAUUUCAGUAAAAAGAGUGUACACUUGUCUGCAACAAUAAGUUAACAAUAAAUAAACAACAUUUAGUUUGAGGUGAUCACAAACUGUGUACAAUUUAAACAACAAACGUUAACGUUGUCCGAUAUUACAACUGCAAAGUAUGUGUAGGACAGUUGUAACAGAGGUGUGGUACAAUUGUAACAAUGAAAAAUAACAACAUAAAUCAUUAAUAUCUGCAGUAUUUACAGGACAAUACAAUGUUGGUUCAAAAAGAGCAUACUAUGCAUGGAUGUUUAAACCAGCAACCAAUUAGGAAAGUCAUAUUUUUUAUUACCAAAAACAGUAUGAUUGGAUGAGAUGUGGCUUUGUAAUGUUUUAAAAACACUUAUUUUGGUUAUAUAGUCAUGUCAAUAAGCAAAAAUACAGAGACUUUUUUUAGCCAAUCUUGUUUUUUGUAGGCUCUACAUCAUUUGCUGGCCAGUUACUAAUCAUGCGUGAGGUGGAAACCAGGUUUUCCUCUUCUGUUCCUUUCUGUAUGUAUGUUCUAUUUACAUUGUAAAUGGCAUGCCACUGAGUGCACCCAUGCACCGUGCUACAUUGAUUCCAGAUAAUAGAGCCCUACAUGUCAACCAGAGGCAGGCUGUGGUCUUUAAAGGUGAAUGAACAGAGUCAUCUCACAAGUUAAUGAGUGAAAAGUGUUGACAUCUUCAGUGGAUGAAUGAAUUGCUGCUAAAUUUCUUGUUUUUUUUUUUUUUUUUGUCUCUGUUUGUAUCUGAUUGUACGCCUGAUUCAAUCACCACAAAGGUUGUGAUCUGAAAAUGGCAAGAUUGUGGGAUGCAGGAAACCUGGAAAAAAGUAAACCUGACAUUAAGCAGGUUUUUUUUUUUUUUUUUUUUAAAGACUUCAAGAAGACUUCAAGAUUUCAAGAAGGAUGUUAACGCCACUAUAGGUUUUGCAGUCCAAGCUGUCCCCACCCUUCCUCUGCAGCUUUUUACAGUUAAACUCCACAGUCACCUGCACUGGACAUUCCCACCUGCAUCCGCGCACCAGACGCUCAAUGGGAACACAGUGGCCAUAACAUUGGUGUGCAAGACUCUGUUUGAGUUUUAUUGAUUAAAUAAACUAGUGUUGGAAAACAUUGA